UCGGUUUCAGAAGCCAAGGUUGUCUCACUCCCACAGGACCAUAAUCCAAGUCUUUGGUUACUAGAAAUAGCGGCACCGGUAAAAGCUGCAGAGGAUCUUGUCGGUCAGGAAUGUGCAGCCUGCAAGCAGAACAUUGUCAGUACAUGGCAGAACCUGAACAGAUGUAUCAUCAGCAACAGCAGCAGCUCCAUAGUCAUCGGCAACACAUGUCCUCAAGGCCUAGUUUAUAUCCGGAGAAGAAAUUUCCCCUGAAAGGCCAAGGAGGGGCAGGAGGAGAUUCAGGGCUCAUCCUAUCGACGGAUGCGAAACCUCGGCUUAAAUGGACUCCUGAGCUGCAUGAGCGUUUUUCUGAUGCAGUGAGCCAGCUAGGAGGACCUGACAAAGCUACACCGAAAGCAAUCAUGAGGGUCAUGGGAAUCCCGGGACUAACUCUUUACCAUCUUAAGAGCCACCUUCAGAAAUUCAGACUUGGAAAGAAUCUCCAAACUCAAGCUAAUGCUGUCCAUGUAAAGAAUGUUUUAGGCUUCGCGGUAACGACAGAUAAAGCAUGUGAAGGACUGGCAUCACAAGAUGAUCACCUGAACCGAGAGACGCAAACCAGCAAGUCUGUGCACAUAAGCGAAUCCCUCCAAAUGCAAAUUGAGGUUCAGAGACGACUGCAUGAGCAAAUAGAGGUACAAAGACACCUGCAGCUCCGGAUCGAAGCUCAAGGCAAGUACCUACACUCUGUGCUGGAGAAGGCGCAGGAGGCGCUCGCGAAGCAGCACGUCGUCAACGGCCUCGCGGCGGCGCCAGAGGUAGCCUAUUCGGCGAGACGGCGCCCGCUUCAGAACGAUGGGUCGGCCGACGGCAGCUGCUUGACAGCGUCCGAGGACAUCCUCUCCAUUGGUUUCUCGGCAGCCGGUGCUGAUGCCGCACGGAGAGGGUCCGCCGCGCCAUUCGAGGAGGAGGAGUGCUACCUGUUCCUAGGCAAGCCUGAGCGGCGGCGCCAAGAACGGCGGAGUGAGGUCACGACGAACGGGUGCGACGGUGGCGUGGCGUUCGAGACGGCGGCGGGGCUGGACCUGAGCAUUGGUGUCGUCGCGGACAGCAGGCGGCAGCCGCGCGGCGGCGAGAGGAUUGACCUGAACGGAUCAGGAUGGAACUGAGAGAGAGGGAGAGAGGCAUGGUGCAUGUCACGAAGUCGUCCUAGCUUGCAUUGAACAUGAUCAUGCAGAGGUUCAGAAGCUGUGCCUUCAAAUAGAGAACAGCAGAACACGAUUGAUGUGGUCUGUAUGCAGCAGCUGUGUUUCGGUGGAUCAAAACCAACUAAUGGGAGUAGACUCAUUCCGAUUAGUUAGGGGUUCGUGUCCAUGAUUGAAGCCCCUAGGUGAUUGAUGCAUGGAUGAACAAAACCAACUAAUGAGGACAACCUCACUUGUA